CACGGGGCUGCCCCUGCUCAGCUGUCGCUGUCUGUGACUGUACUGGGUCCCCAUGACAGUCCCGCUCCGCUCGUCCUCGCCGCCGGCACCCAGCCCCCCCGUGCUCGCAGCGCCUGUGGUCCCCGUGCAUGGACCUGAGCCACGUCCCCGCCGCCCGCGAGAAGGGCUGGUACCUGGCGCUGAUGGCCCCCAACACCAAAGGUCCCAACUACGCCUGGCUGGACCCGUCCCGGCUCUACUGCCACCCGCAAGGCUUGCAGGACUGCGUGGCUGACCUGCUGCAGCCCUUCCAGGGGGACCCCAUCGACCUGGUGGCCGGCAUCGAUGCCAUGGGCUUCAUCCUGGGUGCUGCCGUGGCCACCGCGCUACACAAGGGCUUCCUGGCCAUCCGUAAAGCCGGGCACCUCUGCGUGGAGACGUUGUCGGAGCCCUACACCGACUACUCAGGCCGAGAGAAGGUGAUGGAGGUCCGCACCGACACCGUCUCGCCGGGUCUGCGCGUCCUCCUCGUGGACCAGUGGGUGGAAACCGGGGGCACCAUGCGAGCGGCCAUCCGGCUGGUGGAGCGGCUGGGGGGGGUCGUGGCAGGCGUCGCGGCCGUCUGCAUCGAGGACAGCGAGGGCGCGCGGUGGAUCCGGGAGCGCUACAAGUGCGCCCACUGCGUGCCCCCCCGCCUGCAGCCACGCUUCGACCGCCACCAGACGGGCUGGGAAUGAUGCUGGGUCCGGCACCGUGCACCCCGAGUUUGGGGCGUUUUCUGCCCGGUUUGGGUUUUUGGCGUAACAACUCCUCCAGCACCGUGCCGCUGGCUCUGCCUCCUGCCCG